UUGUGGUGUUAGAUGACGAUAUUUAUGAUAAUCAAAAGAAAUUCUCACCAGUCUGCAUGGAUCUCGACGGAGGGUGAACGUCAGAUUAAACAGCGCCAUUACUUCCUACACUAUGUGUUUUGUGAACGGGAUGUCGCCUAGUUCUCCUGGUUGAAACACACAAUUGCAGAAAUGACGUGACAGAGGCAUCUUAGCAUCAGCUGGCAGUGAAAGUUUAAAACGGUAACCAUGGAGACAGAGUCCGUUCGCUCGGGCAACAGCAGCUACGUGAGCCACCGCUCGCACCGCAGCCGGGACAAGCACCGGGACCGUGAGCGGAAACGGCGCAGCCGCGACCACAACCACAGCAGCUCCCUGCUGAAGGCGGACCGCUCGGUGACCAUACAGACUCCGCCACACAGUACCACCGGAGGGGGGGACGGAGAGGACGGAGAGGAGGUCAUCGAGGUACAGAUUCUGCCUCAGGAUGACAACUGGGGAGACAACACCACGGCCAUCACCGGCACCAGCGAACAGACGUCCAUGGAGGACAUCUCCAGGAUGGCCAAGGACAUGGAGGACAGUAUCGGUCUGGGCAGCAUCCAGCACCUCGGGGUGGUCAUCGCCACCAUGUUGUCCCUGUUCGCUUUCCUCACCCCCAUCGCCUUCGUAGUGCUUCCACUGGUUCUGUGGAAGGAGACUCUGGACCCGUGUAACACCGUGUGCCAUGGACUCUUCAUCAGCUUUGCCUUCAAGCUGUUGAUCUUGCUGAUCGGCGCGUGGGCGCUGUUCUUCCGCAGGCCGAGGGUGGUGAUGCCCCGCGUGUUCGUGUUCCGUUCCAUGAUCAUGGCGCUGGUGUUCGUGUACACGCUGUCCUACUGGCUGUUCUACGGAGUCCGGGUCCUGGACGAGCGGCCGUCCAACUACCAGGACAUCGUGCAGUACGCAGUCUCCCUGGUGGAUGCGCUGCUCUUCAUCCACUACCUAGCAGUUAUUCUCAUCGAACUCAGGCACCUAAGGCCGCAGUUUAUUGUGAAGGUGGUGCGGAACACGGACGGGGAGAACCGGUUCUACCACGUGGGCCAGUUCAGCAUCCAGCGGGCCGCCGUCUGGCUGCUGGAGCAAUACUACCGUGACUUCCCGCCGUACAACCCCGCCCUCAUGCACAUACCCACCCGGGCGCCCAAACAGCUCACCGGCUUCAAGUUCUACGACGUAGACGGGAACCCGGGCAACGCCUCGUCGGGACAGACGCGGGCCAUGAUCGCGGCGGCGGGGCGGCGCCACGAGUCGAUCCACAAGGAGAGAUACUACGAGGAACAGGAGUACGAGAGGAGGGUGAAGAAGAGAAGAGUGCGGUUCGUGUGUGCCACGGAGGAGGCUUUCACGCAUAUCAAACGGCUGAGCGAGGAGCGGGGCCCGGCCGUGCCCAUGGAUCCUCACGAGGCCGCGCAGGCCAUCUUCCCGGCGUUCGCCCGUCCCAUGCAGAAAUACUUGCGCGUAACAAAGCAGCAGCCUUACCACACGAUGGACAGCAUCCUCAAACACCUGGCUUUCUGUAUCGUACACGAUUGUACCCCCAAGGCCUUCCUGGAGCGGUACCUAACCCCCGGGCCAUCCAUUCAGAACGAGAGCGAAAUUCACAAGAAGCAAAAGUGGACCCUUGUGUCGGACCUUCCCCUCCACAACUCGCUGGAACCGGGCAUGAGCUUCGCUCUACGCGAGCAGAGCUUCUCGCUGCUGGUUACCGUCAUGCGGAUUCCAACCAUCAAGCUCAAGGAGGACUACCAAGACCCAAAGAGCAACAAGUUUGUUCUCAGACUGCAGUCGGAAACUUCAGUCUAACUCCCCGUACCCCCCUCCCCACUCCCCACCCACCAACAGGCUAAGUUUAGGAGUGUGGUCUUUAUUAUAAUUGUGAUGUCAAGUAUGGCAUAGUCUUGAUUCUUGACUGUCCCCCUUCCUCUAUGUGUAAGGAAAAAUGUCGUGAAGGAUAUUUAAAUUGAAACCUGUGGUGGAAAGUACAGUAAUGUGGUAGAAGAUGUACUUCAGUCUGUCACGACCUGUUCAUAUUGUGUUUACAGAUUUCGGCUUGUAUGUCGCAGUAGAUGAUUUGUUUUUCUAAUUUGUUACCAAAAGUAAGUAGCUCUUUACAUAUUAAAGUGUUCAGAAUGACUAUAUAGUAUAAUGUAGAGGAUGAUAGCAUAUCCGUACCGAUAAGUAGAGUUUUUUUACUUGCACAAUUCCUUGCACAUCAGAGUUGACUUCUCAACAGUAGGAAACUAAUAUUUAAUUGUGUGUUUUGAUGAGUGUCGUAGUAAAUGGCUAGGUGGAUGUCGGAACCUUUAUUAUGGAGGGCCCACACAAGUCAGUCAGGUACCCCUGACUUUUGUACAUAUAUAUACUACUAGUCCCCAAUUUUCCAAAAACAGUUGUCAUGAUAUAGAUAGACCUGUUGUCUACUUAAUGAUUUACAGUUUAGAGUUCUUGGUUGGUUGUAUGGGUAACAAAGUAAACUGGCUGUAGAGAUCUGAAGUUGGUUCUAUAAACAUCAACCGACAUGUACAGAAGCAGUAGGUUGUAACAAUAUUAGUUUAUAACCUUCACGUUGUAAAGAAAAGAAAACGGAACAAAAAAAAAAGGAUCUAACCUUUGGCAAUGCCAGUUCGGGCCGUGUCCAAGUAGGGUUUCUACAGCAAAACUGGUUUUGCAGACUGUGCCUUCUAAGGUGUGUAGGCUUCUAAACACAACUUUCCUACUUCGAAUCGAAACAAAGGGUCCAUUAUUUUCACUCUCUUUCUCAAGUAAUUUCGUAAAAAAAGAAGAAAGUAUAUUUUCUGAUGAUAGGCUCCGUUACAUGGCAUAUCGCAAACUUUUCUACGAUUUUUGACUCCCAGAUUGCGCUAAAAAUUCCAGGGGACCAAUGUUGAGUCUCCGUGUGUAUAUAUAUGUCUGCCCUAAACUGCAGAAAACCAGGUUUCCUCCCCAACCACCAGUAUCAAAGAAUGGUCUGCAAUAAACCUGUGUCCCAAACAUUAGCUUGUUUACAAGUUUGAGAAAACAGUGAUUUUUUAAUAAACAGUAAACUAAAGUCUAUUGGCAAAUUGAACGAAUGAAAAAAUGUUUUACAGAUUUGAAACGUUAUUCUCAGCGUAGUAGAAUUGAUAAGAGGGGAGGAAACCAAUUUGAUAUGAGUAUAGGAAAAUUUGGUGUAAGGAACAUGUGUAGAACACUGUAUAGCUGUACUUAAAAGAGUAUUGUGUAGUGAUGAAAACUGUAUUUGCUUAGUGUGUACCCCCCCAGAUCUCUGAGUUAGUCUCUGUGGCUGACAUGAUUUCAUAACUCUUGCCCUGUAACUGAUGAAUAAAGAUAUCAUACAGAUCAGGA